ACGGAUGUAUGGUUUGUGCGUCCAGUUGUGAGUGCUUGGUUUCCUGUAUGAAUACUUAAUGCAAACCACGUGGUGUGAAAGGAGACUGCAGCUUCUUUUGUUCAAAUCAAUCAAACCGGAGACGGCCAGAGAGCUGCUGAAUCAGGAAAUCACCGCUUUGGAUUGAAACAUGCCACGUACGAAGGUGACCGACGUCUCAGGGAACGGUGGGGUGAAGAAGAAGAGGGCCAGCGGCAAGAGGAAAGAGAGGGACUUCAGCAGCGACGAUGAGUUUGAUUACGAACAGGAAAACAACAAGAAACCGGGGAAGCUCGCCGCCAAGUCUGGUCUCCAGCCCGUCACUGUGGCAGACGACGUCAAAGAGAAAAUAAAACUUGAGGGCCCAAAGGUGAAAGGUCAACUGCUCAUCUUUGGAGCAACCAACUGGGAUUUGAUUGGAAGAAAGGAGGUGCCCAAACAACAAGCUGCUUUUCGCAACCUGGGCCAGAAUCUGUGGGGUCCUCACCGCUACGGCUGCCUGAAUGACAUUCAGGUCAGCUGUGUGGUGUCUGGGCCCUGUGCCGCACACAGUCUCCUCAUGACCACCGAGGGCAAGCUGUGGAGCUGGGGUCGUAACGAAAAAGGUCAGCUGGGACACGGAGACACCAAGCGUCUGGAGGCUCCCAAGUUAAUCGAGGGCCUGGCGGAGCAUGUGAUUGUCGCUGCAGCCUGUGGACGCAAUCACACCCUGGCACUCACAGAGGACGGCACUGCGUACUCUUUUGGCGAGAACAAGCUGGGCCAGCUCGGCCAAGGCAACCAGACCGACGCAGUCCUCAGCCCAGCACCGAUUUGCUACAACGGCCAGCCGCUGGUGAAGGUGGCCUGUGGUGCCGAAUUCAGCAUGGUGGUGGACUGCAAAGGAAACCUGUACUCCUUCGGCUGCCCCGAGUACGGACAGCUGGGUCACAACAGUGACGGGAAGUUCAUAGCCCGCGCCCAGCGCAUCGAGUUUGACUGUGAACUCAUCCCUCGCCGCGUCGCCAUCUUCAUCGAGAAGUCCAAGGAUGGCCAGGUCACGCCGGUGCCCAACGUGGUGGUCCGAGAUGUGGCCUGUGGCUGCAACCACACGUUGGUGCUGGACUCCCAGAAGCGCGUGUUCAGCUGGGGUUUCGGUGGUUACGGGCGUCUGGGUCACACGGAGCCGAAGGACGAGAUGGUUCCUCGGCUGGUCAAACUGUUUGACUUUCCUGGACGUGGCGCCGCUCAGAUCUGUACGGGCUACCAGUGUUCCUUCGCUGUCAGUGAAAUGGGCGGGCUGUUUUUCUGGGGCGUGACGAACACUUCCAGAGAGUCCACCAUGUACCCCAAAGUCGUGCAGGAUCUGUGUGGCUGGAAGAUCCGCAGCUUGGCGUGUGGGAAGACCAGCAUCAUCAUCGCUGCAGACGAGAGCAUGAUCAGCUGGGGCCCCUCGCCCACGUUUGGAGAGCUGGGAUACGGCGACAACAAACCCAAAUCCUCCACCACCGCCCAGGAGGUCAAGACCUUGGAUGGCGUCUACAUCGAGCAGGUGGUGAUGGGCUACUGUCACUCUCUGGUGAUUGCCAGACAGGACACCGAGCAGGAGAAGGAGAAACUGAAAAAGCUGCCCGAGUACAACCCCCGGACGAUCUGACCGGGCGUCCGACAGCAACACCUCAACCUCUUUUCCCCCCCCCCGAAGCAGACCAGCGAUGCUCGGCAGUCACUGCCGGUGUACUAGUGGGAUGGUUGAGGCUCGGAAGGAUAUCCACACAUCUCAACUACCAGCACACUGGCUCUACACCAAUUUGGACACUGAAAACCUGAGAAAAUGGGACUGGAGACGGACAGAUUCCUUGUACGGCAAGAUACCUUCACUUCCCACGUUGAGUAAACGUGCAGCAGUUUGCUCAAAGCACUUCCCACCUAGUAGUAGAGUCGUGCUUCCCUAUAUUAAAAAAAAUAAAAUGAAAAAAAAGUAACGUUCCCAUUUUGUAAUACAGCCAAACAUUCAUGUUUUGUUCAGUUUUUUCUUUGUUGCAGUAUAUGAAAUGAUGAAGUUGUUUGUGACAUUUACGGGUGCUACAACGGGACCCUCAGUCUUUUUCCUACUGGGGGUUUUUCAAAGACCAAUACUCCAUACCUGUGCCUUUUUCUACGUGUACGUUCAGGGUAUGGAAGUGUUUGUGUUGUUCGGAGGAUCAGCUGAUCACUUUGAUUUCAGUGCAGUAUGAGAAGGUGUAUGUGUAUGUGUGUGCGUGUGCAGCUGCCACAGAUUACAAUCAGGAUUUGGAACGUUGUUUUUCUGAGUUUAGUGCACUCCACUCGAUGGUUACAUUCCUCUUUUUUUUUUUUUUUAACUUUUUUUUUAUUCAGCGUUUGCAUCAAGGAUGCACACCUCGGUUCUUCCAAGAUCACUGUUGUCUCUCUAGGUCUUGUCUUUCCUCGUUUUCCUAAUUUGAGUAGUAACUGUUCCAACGCUCAAAGCGGUUUCACAAGCAGGUCAGAACUUUUUAGAACCGAUAAUGCACUGUCUCUAAAUAUAUCAAGGUGUCUGGAAAUGAAGGCAUGUCGUUUUAAAAACAGCAGAGGAGGGUUUCCUCUUACCUGUACUGCUUUCUUUUUUAUGGUGACAUUUCUCUGGGUUCAUUUUUUUCAUUGAAAUGGUUAAAUAAAGAUUCAUGUGAAUUGA